AUGUCCCAACACCGCGCAAAGAAAUGUGUGGACACGAAGGACAAGGCAGCCUUCUUUGCAGCCCGAACUCCACACCUCAAGCAGGCUGAAAUACAGGCCCAAGAUGGCGCCGAGGCUGAACUCCACGCGGACUUUGCCGACACACACGAGGCAAGCGCGGACACCCCGCUGACCCCGAAUUUACUACAAAAGAU